AGAGAUAAAAAAAGGUUGACAGUUCCAUACACGAAUAAAAUUCAUUCAUUCUGUAUGUUUGCAACUAAGAUCACAUAAGCGGAAUUUAAGGUUGCCUAACUUACAGGAUUAAAUUUUAAUGAUUAAAGUCCAUAACCAUCACCUCUGUAAUAACCAUAUUGUUGUUUAUUAUUAAAAAAAAACAUUUGUCAACAUCAAACAAAUCAAAACAUUAAUUUUUAGUUUAAUCUCGACGAGCUAUUGUUUUUAAUAAUUGAAAGAUAUUUUUUAUCUUUCAGCCGGUAAACUUUGUACUUUGACCCUGUUAUUGGUUUACUUUUUAAUUCCCGUCUGCACUGCGAAUCCUGCAGUUUGUUUUGUGAUUUUACUUAGUAUAUUGUUAUUUUAUUAAUUAUGGCUAGUUUCAAGAUUAUUACUAGAGGUUUGGCUACUUCUGCUGCAAGAAAUGCAAUUAAAAAUGUUACGGUUAUUGGGGGUGGAUUAAUGGGGUCAGGAAUAGCUCAGGUUGCUGCUCAAACUGGUCACAAUGUUACCCUUGUUGAAGUAAAUGCAGACAUUCUGAAGAAAGCAGAGGGAAGUAUUGUCAAUAGUGUUGGUAGAGUUGCCAAAAAAAUGUACAAAGAUGACGCAGCGGCUGCGAAAAAGUUCCUUGAAGAAACCCAAUCAAGAAUCAAAGGGUCCACUGAACCAGCAAAGUCGGUUUCUGAUGCUGAUUUAGUUAUUGAAGCCAUCGUGGAAAAUAUGGAUAUUAAACACAAAUUGUUUAAGAGCUUGGACGAAGCAGCCCCUGCAAAAACCAUUUUUGCUUCCAAUACUUCCUCUUUAAGCAUUGGAGAGAUUGCUUCAGUUACUUCGAGAAAAGAUAGGUUUGGAGGACUGCAUUUUUUUAACCCUGUAGCUGUGAUGAAGUUGUUGGAAGUUGUGAGAAUUCCUGAGACUUCCGAGGACACCUAUCAAGCAAUGAUGGCAUGGGGUAAAGCUAUUGGUAAAACUUGCAUUACAUGCAAAGAUACCCCUGGAUUUGUUGUAAACAGGUUAUUGGUGCCUUAUCUUGCUGAAGCCAUCAGAAUGAUGGAAAGAGGUGAUGCCUCAGCAAGAGACAUUGACAUAGCAAUGAAGUUAGGUGCAGGAUAUCCAAUGGGACCAAUUGAACUGUCAGAUUAUGUGGGCCAUGAUACUAGCAACUCGAUUGUUCAGGGUUGGCACAAGAAAUUCCCUGAUAAUCCCCUGUUCAAGCCAUGUGAUUCCCAGCAAAAAUUGGUUGCUGCUGGAAAGUUGGGAGUUAAGACUGGAGAGGGUUAUUAUAAGUACAACAAGUAAAUUUUAGAUUUUUUAACAAUUUACAGAUUUACACAUUAUUAAUUUUUUAUUGAGAUUUAUUAUAAUUGAAUAUUUUUACGGAA